CAGGGCUCUUUGGAUCACUGAAACCAAAACCAAAACACCUGUGCUGAUUACUUGGCCAGGUGAGACCAGUUCCACAUCAUUCAGCAGACCACUUUUCCAGCAGCAGGGUGAAAGAAAACGGAUCAUCCUGCUGCUGGAAGAUGUGUAGUAGUUGAAUUUCUUGGAAAAGGCAAAUGAAAACCUUGGAUAUUUCACGAAAACUCAGUUGUGACGUAGCAGGAAAGACACCCCGUGGUAUUCUGCAGACGUAUCCUUUCGUCGUUUGGACCCGUGCAAAUGUAACGUCAGCGUUGCAUAUGAAAAAACAAUCCGAUGUCUAUGUGGAUAUUAAUCGUGCGGGACUUUAUUGUAGGGCUACUGCAGGAAGUCCAGUUUGGAUCUGUAAAAAACACUUGGCUAAGUCUGUGGUUGUCUGGUGGAGAGCAAGCGCUCCCACUGUUGGCUGCUGGUGGUUUUAAGUGGAGCAGUUGUGAGCCGAACCACUGGUGCGUAAUGGUGCAGGACUGGGCGGCAGAUGUUUCUGCAGCGGGACACUCUGUCUGUGCGCACUGGAUCUCAACCCUCUGCACUUUUUCCCUCAGCGUGGGCGUGCGUUAAAUCCCUCUCCGGGCUUUUUUUUUUUUUUUUUUUUUUUUUUUUUGAGGAGUUAUCUGAGGAGGGAAGAGAAGGAGAAGAAGGAAAUUGGACUACCUCUUCAAACCGUCCGGGUUUUUGCCGGGGAGUUGUCGUCAUCAGCCCCCACAGAUGCCCCCCCCCCCGCCCCCCUCCCCACUCAGCUCCCUAAAUGGAUGGGCCAGCCUUGGUCUAUGCAGUUGAGCGCAGGCCAAAAGAUUGGGAACAACUUGUGAAUAUCCGUCACUUUGGCGGAGAAAUGCCCGCUUGCUUCGCUGCAGCUUGACUUUUCAGGACUUUUCUUCUGCCUUUUUUUGUUUUGUUUUGUUUUGUUUUGGGUUUUUUGUGUGUGCCUGGAAGCAGGGAGGACUUUACUUAAAAGUUUACAACAGAAAGGAAAAGUGAGCGCUGAAGUGGCAACUGCUCUCCCUCUGCAGAACCUCACUAUGGAUUGUAUGUAUUUAUUGAUGUGCUUUUCACUCACCCAAGUAUUUUUAGAACACAUUUUGGCUGCAGACACGCAAGAAAAACUCUCUGGAAAGUUAAGAGAAUACGGUCUCAUCGUGCCAUUCAGCACAGACUCCUGUGGCCGGUACAUUUCGCAUGUAGUCUCUGCUGGAAGUGGAAGUAAAAAAGUGGAAGACGAUGCUGCUGCUGCUGCUGCUGCUGCUGCUGCCGCUGCUGCCACUGCCACAGGCGGUAAGAGAAGGGUGGCCCGCGGUGCCCCUGACAUGCCCCCGGUCACCUCCUCCUGGGCUCAGCAUUUGUUUUUUAAUGUCACCGUGUUUGGGAAAGAGCUGCACCUCCGCCUAAGGGCCAACAGGAGGCUGGUGGCCCCUGGGGCUUUUGUGGAAUGGCAGGAAGACUAUCAGGAAAAGGCCAAGGAACAUAUCCAUGGGGACUGUGUUUUCACUGGGGACGUGAGUGACAUGCCGGAGGCUUCGGUGGCAAUCAGCAACUGUGACGGCCUGGCAGGUCUGAUCCGGACUGAUAAUGGGGAAUUUUUCAUCGAGCCCCUAGAGAAGGGUCAGCAGGACGUGGAAGUGAAGGGGCGUGUCCAUGUGGUGUACCGCAGGUCAGCCAUCAAGCGGGACACGGGCCAGCGGAGGGAGGACCUCCACAAUGAAGUGGCAGACUUUGGGAUCGCUGACCUCCCAGCUGCUCUGGAUCUUGUCGAACAUAAACUCACCGAGUCUGAGCGCAAGAGACGACACGCGAAGAAGGACGACUACAACAUUGAGGUGCUGCUGGCCGUGGACGACUCCGUGGUGCGCUUUCAUGGCAAGGAACAUGUGCAGAACUAUGUUCUCACACUCAUGAACAUAGUUGAUGAAAUCUAUCACGAUGAAUCUUUGGGAACCAACAUCAACAUCGUCCUGGUCCGGAUGAUAAUGGUCGGCUACCGACAGUCAAUUAGCCUAAUCGAGCGCGGCAAUCCAUCUCGCAGCCUCGAGCAGGUGUGUCGAUGGGCAAACACGCAGCAGCGCCGUGACCCCGACCACGCCGAGUACCACGAUCAUGCCAUCUUCCUGACAAGGCAAGAUUUUGGUCCUGCAGGUAUGCAAGGUUAUGCUCCAGUGACAGGGAUGUGUCAUCCAUUGAGAAGCUGCACUCUGAACCACGAGGACGGAUUCUCCUCUGCCUUUGUGGUAGCUCAUGAAACCGGCCAUGUGUUGGGCAUGGAGCAUGAUGGACAGGGGAACCGCUGUGCUGAUGAGACCAGCAUGGGGAGCAUCAUGGCGCCGCUUGUCCAGGCAGCUUUUCACCGCUACCACUGGUCACGUUGCAGCAAGCAGGAGCUGAAUCGAUACAUCCACUCAUACGACUGUCUGUUGGACGAUCCCUUUGAACACAAGUGGCCUAAGCUGCCGGAGCUUCCUGGGAUCAAUUAUUCAAUGGAUGAGCAGUGCCGCUUUGACUUCGGCGUUGGCUAUAAAAUGUGCACCGCUUUUCGGACCUACGACCCUUGCAAGCAGCUUUGGUGCAGUCACCCCGACAACCAGUAUUUCUGUAAAACCAAGAAGGGGCCACCAGUGGAUGGAACAGAGUGUGCUCCAGGAAAGUGGUGUUUUAAAGGACAUUGUAUCUGGAGGACCAGCCAGGAGCCUCAGGGUCACGACGGCAACUGGGGUUCGUGGUCAAAGUUUGGCUCCUGCUCCAGAACCUGCGGAGGUGGAGUGCGUUCACGUAGCAGACAGUGCAACAACCCACCGCCUGCCUACGGCGGUCGAGACUGCCCUGGCUCUGCUUUUGACUACCAGAUGUGCAACACUGAGGAGUGUGCUGGACCUUACGAGGACUUCCGUGCUCAGCAGUGCAUCCAGAGAAGCAACAAAUACCACAAAAACAUCAAGCACACCUGGCUGCCAUACGAGCAUCCAGAUGACGGACGCAAGUGUGAGCUGAGCUGCAAGUCGAAGGAAACGGGAGAGGUGGUUUUCAUGAACCAAGUGAUGCAUGAUGGGACACGCUGCAGCUACUCUGACCCCUUCGGUGUAUGUGCCAGAGGAGAGUGUCUGCACGUCGGCUGUGACAAAGAGGUGGGCUCUUACAAACAGGAGGACAAAUGUGGAGUUUGUGAAGGAGACAACUCGCACUGUCGCACUGUGAAGCUGACACUAACCAAGACGCCCAAAAAAAAUGGCAUGCUAAAAAUGUUCGACAUCCCAGUAGGAGCUCGCCACAUUGUGAUUGAAGAGAACGACACCUCUCCUCACAUAAUCGCUGUAAAGAAUCAAGUAACUGGAAACUUCAUACUGAAUGCGAAAAGUGAAGACGCCGAGGCGAGGACCUUCGUUGAAAAUGGUUUACAGUGGGAAUAUUCCACUGAGGAUGAGAAGGAGACCCUGAAAACAUCUGGUCCUCUGCAUGAAGGCAUUAUUGUUCUGGUAAUUCCACAGGCAGAAGAUGUAAAAGUCAGCCUGACAUACAAAUAUAUCAUACAUGAGGACCUGCUGCCUCUAAUUACCAACAAUAAUGUGUUGCUGGCUGAGCUGGACACGUACGAGUGGGCCCUGAAGAGCUGGUCCCAGUGCUCCAAAGCAUGUGGUGGAGGCAUACAGUACACAAAAUACGGCUGCCGGCGAAAGAGCGACAGCCGUUUGGUGCAUCGCAACUUUUGUGAAACCAGCAGAAAGCCUAAGCCAAUUCGUAAACGCUGCAAUAUCCAAGAGUGCAGCCAGCCAACGUGGGUGGUGGAUGAGUGGAGUCCUUGCAGUAAGACGUGUGGAAAGCUCGGCUACCAAACCAGGAUGGUGCAGUGCAUGCAGGCGCUCAACAACGGCACCAACAGGCCUGUCCACAGCAAACACUGUGCCGACAACCGUCCCGACACGAGAAGGACUUGCAACUACACCGCAUGUCCUGCCCAGUGGAGGACAGGGGCCUGGUCUCAGUGCUCAGUGACCUGUGGUGAAGGAAUCCAACAAAGGCAGGUGGUUUGCAAGGCUAGCGACAACACCAUCGGCGAAUGUGAGGGCGAGAAGCCAGAGACAGUCCUGAUUUGCAAACUCAGUUACUGUCCAGGACAGCCAGCGUCUUCUCUCAAUGUCGAAAAAAUGUUGAAUUCCACAUUAAGGGACACCACACAAAAAGCUGCUGACAAUCCUGUCCAGAAAAUAACUUCAAAUGAGCCAUGUCUUGGGGACAAAUCGAUUUUUUGCCAAAUGGAGGUUUUGGCUCGUUAUUGUUCUAUCCCUGGAUAUAACAAGCUUUGUUGUGAGUCUUGUAACAAGAAGGAAAACCUCGCUACUCAUGCGCCAGAGGUCCACAACACCUUGGGGGCCACAGUCCAGUCCCUGCCCUCCGAUUCAUCUCAAACUCCUCUUGCUACCACCCAGGGUGCUCUUAAAACACCAAAAGCCGUGAGCAGACGGUUGUGGUCUACUGCCCCAGUGCCAACCACUGCCAAUACUCAAACCUCAGCCUCCACAGCUACUGCUCUACCCAAGGUGCCCACAAGCAAUCCCUUCCACAGAGACAGGAAGGCAGACUCAGACCUAGGGACUCUUCUACCUCUAGAGCUGCCUCGGCCCACAGCAGACUCCAGCAGGGCCGCCUCUACACACAGUCCACACAGCACUUUAAUGCCAGUCACUGCCACAACCAGACGGGACGAUUUAGUAUCUUAGAGGGAUCCAGGCUCAGAACCCCGUCAGCUGAGAAAUAAUUGACAAGGUAGUGAUGUUGUGAACAUGCUGCUCAGUGUGACAGUUGUAUAUGUCAGCUCAACUUUCAGCAGCUAGUGAUAGAUGUGCAGAUCUGGCUGUGGAUUUUUUUCUUUUUGUCAAUGCCAGUGAAUUGUCCAGCGAUGGUUACCUCAACAAAUCUCCAGAGUGACCCACGUGCUGCAUCGCUCUGCCCUUUGUGUUUCAAUCGAAACUGAAGGGAAACAUGAUGUCAUACGAAGGUGCUGUAUACUAACACGACUACAAGACGUGUUGAAAAUGUGACGACUGCAUCUGCUACGUUCAUGUUUUGAUCUGUGUACAUACGUAUGUAUAAGCCUGUUUUUUUUAAGUGCAUCAGAACUACUAUUGAACUGGUAUUGUGAACACGCUCAGAGGUCGAAGCCCAGAGGUCAAAAGUGUGCUAUCAAAAUAGUUAUAGAGCUUGGCAGUGUACAGUCAUUCCCUUAGGAAUCGUUCAAUUCCUCUUUGUUUGGCACUGUUUAGAAAUAUUCUUGAGUGAUGCUGAUUGGUGAACAUAGAAUAGUAAUACAGAGCUUUUUUUAGUCAACAAAUGUGAUUGAUUUCAGGUUGGCUUGAUAUUUUUAUAAUCCUUAAAAUUGAAAUCAGAAUUCAUCAACAUGCUGUAGGUAUUCAUCAUCCGACUCAAAGCUGAUGAAUUAGAAUUAGAAUUAGAAUGAUGCACAAACACAGAUAAAGAGUGUCAAACAUAUCCCUCAGGGUACUUUAGGGCCAUACAUCUCUCACCUUUGAAAACGUAAUUAAUGAAAGAAAUAUGGCAUUGCGCUUCUAAUGUGUACAUUCACCCAGAACAUGUUGCUCCCUGCUCACAAUAAUAAUAUACAGUAAUGUUUUAAUAAUAAGAUCUAAUUCUUCAGUUAGGCUAAUGGCUAACUAAAUCUUGGGCAAAAUGCUAUGUGUUUUUAGGGAUGUCCAGGGAUUCUUCUUCUUAUUAUUAUUAUUAUUAAAAUAAUUUGUUGUUGCCUUGCUGUUGGACGUAUUGAACUCAAGCCAUUAUUGUACCAUAAAAUACAAAAAUGCAUCACCUCUCCUAAAAUAGGAAUUGAUAUGAAUAUUUCAACUUUUGUCAUGGACAUUUUUAAAAGUUGUCCUAUAAAUGGCACCCAUCAGGGUACUGUAGCAUGGCAAAAUUGGUAUUGGUAAUUUCUCAUUCUUCACUCUGUAGAGAACAACUUUUCAUAGACAACUAUAGGUGCAAUAUGCUAUAACUAAAUGUAAUCCUGAAACCGGUGCAGGAAUUUUAGCUGCAGCAGUUUAAUUUAAAAAAUCCAAAUGUGAUUCGCUUCCUGAAUGAAUUUUUGUUCAGUCCCUCCAUUAUUGGUCGCAGUAAUAAGACUGCAUUGUGAUAUGGUAACAUUUUUAUCAGUUAAAAAGUUGGGAUAACAACCUGCUGAGAAAUACAUAUCUCACAUCUAUAACUAUUUCAAUAGCAUACUAGAGUUCUUUUUUCUACCUGGUGCUUUUCCCCCACAUCUACAGUAAUAUUCUAGUACAUAUUAGUCAGUAAGGACAACCUUUACUGCAUUAGGCCCACUGUCUGCCUCUGUGUAGGUCAGAUAUGUAAUCUUUAAAAACAAAACUGUUUUUUUAAGAAAUAAUAAUAUACAAUUUUUCUAACAGUAUAUUUUUUAGAUAAUAAUGUAUAUAGUGUAAAUUUCAAGUUAUAAAACUUGUGUUUUACAGUUUAAAAAUGGAGUCAAUGCUGUUAGUCUACAGACUGUGGUUGCUCAUACUGUAACACCAUCCCUGCAUUGCAAUGCGUAACAUCAUGCUAAUUGUAUAGUUCUUGUAUAUACACACCUGAAGGAAAGCUUUAAAUGUUAAUAUUUAUUGAAUUUUUAAGUUGUACGGAGAACAAAGUAAAAGACAUUUGGAACUGAUUUUAUUUUGUUGUCCUUUGUUAGAUCAUAAUUCAAUAACAUUGUGGAUAUUUUAUUCACAUUGUUAAUUAAAAUAUAAUUUGGAUAGAAUAUAAUAUAAACAAUUCACUCAUGUUAACAAGUAAACUAUUUGUCUGUAAAGUAUGAAGAUGAGUCACAAUGUGAAAACACAUGGACAUGUAGGUCUUUAUUGAUCUUGACAGUCAUGUGCCAACACAUGAGCAAGACAUUAAUUCAUGUUUUGCUUUCUCCUGCAAGGC